AUGAAUUCAACAACAAAUAGCUCAUUAUUAUUAACAUUAACAUGUUCAUUACAAGUUCGUGUUUAUACAUCAGAUUAUUUAUUUUUUAAAUUACUUAAUUGGACUUAUUUACGUUUACUUAUUGGCCCAGGUAUAUUACUUAAUGCACUUUGUCUUUUUGUUCUUUCACGUCCAAGAUUAUCAAAUAAAUCAACAACUGUUGUCUUUUUGCGAUUUCUUGCAAUUUUUGAUAUUUUGGCCAUUACACUUAAAUAUAUUCGAGCUGAACUUAAUUAUCAAUCAAUUGAAAAAAAGAGAGAUAUUAUUAUAAUAACACCUACAUUUUGUAAAAUACUUUAUGUAUGUAUGAAUGCAUGUAUUUCAAUAGCUAUGUGGACUAUCGUUUUAAUGAGUUUAGAUAAAGCUGUGGCUGUCAGUUAUCCACUCAAAUCUAGUAUAUGGAUAACACAAAAACGAGCUUUUUAUGUAUGCUGUCUUACAAGUCUUGUAUUUUUAUUUGGCAAUUUACCUUUUAUUACAUUAUCCGAUCUACGUUCAGCCCAUAAUAAUCAAGGAUAUUGUGGAUUAACCAAAGAUUCUUUGAUAAUUGAUAUUAUUACAGCUUCUAUUUUACCUAUUGGUAAGUAUUAUUGA